AUGAAGCUACAAGGGUCCCUGGCCUGCCUCCUGCUGGCCCUGUGCCUGGGCAGUGGGAUGGCUGGGCCACUACACAGUGGAGGGGGGAACGCUGGAGCAGUUGCUGGACAAGAGGUGGAAGACGCCAUUGGCCACAGAGUUGGGGAGGCCGUUGGCCAUGCAGCCAGCCCUGGAAUCCAGGGGGCUUUUGACCAAGGGCAGGGAGGAGGAGUUGAGUCUGGAAUCAGGGAGGCCAGGGGAGAUGCUUUCAGCCCCCAGCUCAGGGAAGCAGCCCAAGAGCUUGGCAACACUGGAAGUGAGGCCAGAAGACAGGUGGAGGGCAUCGUUCGACGUGGACUGGGUGCUGCCCACAACUCCAGGGUUUGGGGAACAUCUGGAGGCCACGGCAUGUUUGGUUCUCAGGGUGGCCAAGGCCAGGGCAAUGUUGGAGGUCCAGGGACUCCCUGGGAACAAGGAACCAACUCUCUGGAAGGCUCCGUUGGUCAGGGAGGCGAUGGAGGGCCAUUCAACUAUAGGACCAAUUCUCAGGGAGCUGUGGCCCAGCCUGGCUAUGGUUCAGUGAGAGGCAGUAACCAAAAUUCGGGGUGCACCAACCCCCCACCGUCUGGAACUGAAGACAGCUCCAGCAACUCUGGGGGAAGCAGCAGUAGCAGUGGUGGCAGCAGUGGCCAGGGUGGCAAUGGUGGCCAAGGUGGAAGCAGUGGCCAGGGUGGCAGCAGUGGCCAGGGUGGCAAUGGUGGCCAAGGUGGAAGCAGUGGCCACGGUGGAAGCGGUGGCCAUGGUGGAAGCGGUGGCCACGGUGGCAGUGGCAGCAGUUCUGGGUCUGGAGGAGGAUCUGGUUCCGGCUCCUCAGGCAGUAGCAGUGGAAACAGCAGAGGCGGUGGUGGUGGAAAUAGACCUGAGUGUGACAACCCAGGGAAUGAGGUGCGUAUUUAUGGAGAAUCUGGGAGUCAGGAAAGCAGAGAGAAUGGUCACUUCCUUGGGGGCUCCCAAGGCAAUCAUGGGGGGCAAGGGUCCAACAGCAAUGGUGGAAGAAAUGACGCUGUCAGUGGACUCAAUACUGUGAACUCUGGGACAUCUCCCAUGCCCUUCAACUUUGACACCUUCUGGAAGAAUUUUAAAUCCAAGAUGGGUUUCAUUAACUGGGAUGCCAUUGAAAAGGGCCGCGUCCCAUCUCCCAGCACCCGAGCCCUGCUCUACUUCCGCCGACUCUGGGAGGACUUCAAACGCAACACUCCUUUCUUCAACUGGAAAGAAAUUGAGGCACAGGCCAUGAAGCUAGCCACUGUCUCUGCUCUGCCGCUGCUCCUGCUGGGCUCAGCCUAG